UCCACCUCCGUCUGCUGCAAGCUGCUGGUGUUGCCAUGAUGAUGAUGAUGGGAUGAUACCCCCGCCCCCUCCCAUCUACACUGGAGAAAAGGAUGGCUUGAGGCUGGAAAACACACACACGCUGCUCCACCGCAUCGCACUUCAACAUGGACGCCAUCCACCACAGCAGGUAACACCUUCUUCUCCCUUGUGGCGUGACAUCAAAAGUGCCAGCCAUGUUUGAGUUUGUGCACUGAAGUAGCGGAGACGUCGCGUGACCACCAGGCCCUCCACCUGCAAGGGGGGCGUGUCCAAAAGCUAGCAUUGGCAGAUGGAGGCGCAGCAACACUCCCCUGAAAGCAGCAGUGAGGAGUGCACCGUCCUGGAGGCUCCGCCCACUAAAGACACUUGCCCGCAACACGGCGGCAAGGUGUUUGACUAUUGUUGUGAGUGUGCAUGCAUGCUGUGUGACGAGUGCGUGCAUGACCACAAAGAACACGCCAGGACACCUUUAAGCCACGCCCUGGAGCAACACCGCAACACCUUGCAGGCGAAGCUAACAGCCGCACAUGACAGACUUCCACAAAUUUCGGACGCCGUGGUCCUGGUCAGAGAGAUGGUACAGCAGCUGACCAAUCAGAGGGCUGCCAUCGAAGAGGACAUUGUGGGCAGCUUUGAGGACCUCCACAGGCAGCUGGACGUAAGGAAAAGUGUUCUUCUCAUGGAGCUGGAGGUCACCUUCGGACUCAAGCAGAAGGUUCUCCAGGCUCAGCUGGAGAGCCUCCUGCAGGGAGAGAGCACUGUGGCAUCUGCCUGUGCACGUGCAGAGGACACCUUGGCAACGGAAGCGUGCAGUGGCAGCUUGGAGGCGGAGCUGGAGCUCAAGGAUAAGCUGGAGGAGCUGGUCGGGUUUCACUUUCCAUGUCAGCCGGAGGAGAACGACCAGCUGGACCUGGUCCUGGAGACGGACGGCCUCAGAAAAUGGAUCCACAACCUGGGGACCAUUGUGACCACCAGUGCUGUGGCGAGCCAAAGUGAGGCCAUGGGUGCUGGCCUGGAGCAGUGUAUUGUGGGACUUCCUGCCUCUGUUACCAUAGUAACAAGAGACAAGUCAGGAGGCGCCUGCAAGAGCGGCAAUGCCAUCUUGUCAGCUGAGGUCUUCACACCUGACGGCAGCAUUGUCGACGGAGAGAUGGUGGACCGCAAGAACGGAACUUACGAGUUUGUCUACGUGGUGCCCAAAGAGGGCGAGUUCUCAUUGGCCCUGCGCCUGUAUGACCAACACAUCAAAGGAAGUCCCUUUAAGCUGAACGUGAGCAGGCCGCAGGUGUCACCCUCCUCCGCCACGGUCAACGCCACAACGUCCACAGGUUCCUCCGAGGGCGCCAAGAGACGGGGCAAGUCCCCUGGGCAGAAAAAGAAGGGCUCCAAGAGGGCCAGCAGUGCCCUGGGAACGCCGCGCCGCAAAACCCAGAACCCCAUCGAAGAUGACCUCAUCUUUCGAAUUGGAACCAAAGGCAGGAACAAAGGAGAGUUCACCAACCUGCAAGGAGUCGCCGCCGCCUCCGACGGGAACAUCCUAAUUGCUGAUAGCAACAACCAGUGCGUGCAGAUUUUUUCCAGCCAGGGAGAAUUCAAAAGUCGAUUUGGUGUGCGCGGGCGGUCGGCAGGGCAACUGCAGCGCCCCACUGGCGUGGCUGUGCACCCCAGUGGUGACAUCAUCAUUGCCGACUAUGACAACAAGUGGGUCAGCAUCUUCUCCAGCGACGGCAAGUUCAAGGCCAAACUGGGCUCAGGCAGGCUGAUGGGACCCAAAGGCGUAACUGUGGACCGCAACGGUCACGUCAUUGUGGUGGACAACAAAGCAUGCACGGUGUUCAUCUUCCAGCUGAGUGGCAAGCUCGUCACCAAAUUCGGGAGCCGCGGAAACGGCGACAAGCAGUUUGCAGGUCCACACUUUGCCGCCAUCAACGAGAACAACGAGAUCAUCGUGAGCGACUUCCACAACCACUCUGUCAAGGUCUUCACGCCAGAAGGAGAACUGCUUCUCAAGUUUGGCUCCAACGGCGAGGGCAAUGGACAGUUCAACGCCCCCACCGGUGUGGCCGUGGACGUGAACGGGAACAUCAUCGUGGCUGACUGGGGCAACAGUAGGAUACAGGUGUUUGACAGCAGCGGGUCUUUCCUGUCCUACAUCAACACUUCGGCUGACCCGCUGUACGGGCCACAGGGAUUGGCCCUGACGGAUGACGGACACGUAGUGGUGGCCGAUUCAGGAAACCACUGCUUCAAAGUGUACCGGUACCUGCAGUGAUGGAGGUCUGGGUGAGGCCAGAUGGUGUCCUUGAGAUGUGGACAUCUACGAGACAUUUUGAUGUCAUUUUGUAUUGAUGGUGGUGGUGGGAGAGGAAGUUUUUUCUGUACUUAACCUGCCAGCCUCCAGGGAGCAGUGUAGCAGCAGUAAACGCUAACUUCCUUAGCAUGAAGGUCAAGGUGUAGCUGCUACAUGGGCUGUGUUUCAGUUAGUGCACUUCUGUACUUAUACUUUUUAAUGCAUAAGACCCUCAGCAAUGUCCAAACGCUCCAAACACAGAAACAAUCCAAAACCAAAAACACACAAAAAGCGGCUAAAUAUUGCGAUCAUGUUUUCCUGUAAGUGUACAACAACAGUGAUCGAUUUGGGACAGCAGUUCACUGUCAAAAUUCACACACACUCAGGAAUGAAGUACACAGUAUACUCACUGGAGUGUAAACAUGGAAGUGCAUAAAUGAAAACACAGCCAUGGACUCACUGAGGAGCCCUGUGGAACAACACAGUAUGACAAAUGAGCCUGAUUGUGUCGAAAGAAUGAGUUUACAUUUUGUGCUUUUAAUGUGGAAUAAUAACUACAAUGUGUGCACAAUGAUUAGUCAAGUUGUAUUUUUGAGGAUGGAUUUAAUUAUGGAACUAUGCCACCUCUGUUAGUCUUGAUGUUUCCACCGUGUCUCGUUGAGCGGAGCAUGAACAAAUUGUCCUUCUGGUACCCAAAACCCAUAAACCCUAACCCCUACCCCUAUAUGGUGUUGCUCUCCUGUGGCCACAACCACACAUACACAUCAGCACAUAUGCUUUCAUCCAAUAAGCAUUCUACUUCAUACAUGCUACAGUAUAUACAUCUUGGACUUCCAUCCUAUGAAAUACUCACUAAUCAUUGUGUACAUUCUAGCAUGAUUGCGUGGAUUCGUGUAAUAACACGGAACCAUUGGAGUCCUGUCAUCAUUCCGCUCAUUCCUGACUUGUGAAUGUUGACUUCAUGGAAUGGUCAGUGAAUCUGUGCGUGCGUGCGUGCGUGCGUGUGUGCGUGUGUUCGCUCACCAGCAACGGCAGCCAAGACCAAGACGACAGCCAGCCUACUGGUUCCGCUGAGUGGGCGGACUCAGCAGGCUGAUUCAGGAAGUGACAUCAUCACGGAUGUAGUGUAUGACGUGCGUGCAUUGAGGUUUUUUGUGUGCCAUGUUUCACGUCGUGUGUGUGAUGAGAACUAUUUUUAGUCUGCACUGAAGCUAACUGGCUAGUGCUAACAUGUGUGUUGCAUCAACGCUUAUUAGCAUGUUGACAUGUUGCUACAGUACUUUUCUGUUAAUUUAUUAAGUGAUGAGCAAAGACAAUAACGUGGGCAGCUAACUUGUUGUCCAUGCUAAUGCUAACAGCAUACUAGCCAACAUAAUGGAUGUUUAUGUUUACCACAUGAAUCUUUCUGCAUGUCCAAUCAAUAAAGACUUCCUUCAUCCGC